GAUAUUAAAAAAGCGACAAAAAAAUUAUUACGGGAAAUAAUUUGUAGAUUCAGCUGUUAAAAAUUGACUUUAGCAAUGUAUUUAUAAAAUAAUAUUUUAACGCGAAAUUUCAGGUUCAUACGUUUUAGUAUAUGUACAAAACUAGAAGUAGUUAAAAUAAAAUUAAUUUGUGGCGGUUUUUCAGUGCAGUUUCCAACUUCUUAUUAAUUGGGUUUCUAAGCUGGUGUUUUGUUACUGGUUUUAGCUUGGUCCGUAGCGUAGGUUUUAACCGCUGUGCUAUUGCGACACGUCGACAGAUUUUAAUGUUGCUUACCUGUGGAAUUAUAGCAUAUCAAAUAAAUAAAUAAAAAUUUAGUAAUUUAAUCUUAUUGAUUUAUAAAAUGCGUGUAAGUAAUAUACGUGGAGGCCGGGUGUGCCGAAUAGUAUUUUGCUGUUGCAUUAUAUUGCCACUAAUAUAUCUAUUCGCUACAUGGAAUGAUACCAAGCGAAGUUUAAAUAGUUAUCAUGGUAAAUUUCCACGUUAUAACCAUCAGCGAUUGGAGGGAAGGCCGCGUGAGCUACCAAAGUUGAUAGAGGGUCUUGGAAAUUUUGAACCUCCUCAUGUAGAAGUCCGCACUGGGCCUGGUGAGAAUGGUGAAGCUCAUCAACUUCCUGCCGACAAAAAGAAUCGUGUGGAUGAAUCUGAAAUGGAAUAUGGCAUGAACAUUGCAUGUUCCGAUGAAAUUUCAAUGCAUCGUUCGGUGCGCGAUACACGCUUGCCAGAAUGCAAACACUGGAACUAUCCGUACGAUUUGCCAAAAACUAGUAUAAUCAUUGUCUUCCACAAUGAAGGCUUUUCAGUGCUCAUGCGUACAGUGCAUUCAGUGAUCGAUCGUUCUCCUAAACAUGUUCUGCACGAAAUUAUAUUAGUUGAUGACUUUUCUGAUAAACAAGACCUACGAGGCAAAUUGGAUAAAUAUUUAGAGCGAUUUAAUGGAUUAGUAAAACUUAUUCGAAAUGAUGAACGUGAGGGACUGAUACGCACGCGAUCUAGAGGAGCACAAGAAGCGACGGGCGAAGUGAUUGUUUUCCUCGAUGCACAUUGUGAAGUGAACACAAAUUGGUUGCCACCGCUGCUGGCGCCCAUAUAUCGUGACCGCACUGUCAUGACUGUGCCUAUUAUAGACGGCAUUGAUCAUAGAACAUUCGAAUAUCGUCCGGUGUAUGGAAAUGAUGCGCACUUCCGCGGUAUUUUUGAAUGGGGUAUGUUAUAUAAGGAGAAUGAGGUUCCUAAACGAGAGCAACGUCGACGUGCACACAAUUCCGAACCCUAUCGCAGCCCUACACAUGCUGGCGGCCUGUUUGCCAUUAAUCGUGAAUACUUUUUGGAAUUGGGAGCUUAUGAUUCCGGCCUGCUGGUUUGGGGCGGUGAAAACUUUGAAUUGAGCUUCAAAAUAUGGCAAUGCGGCGGCAGUAUUGAAUGGGUGCCAUGCUCGCGUGUAGGCCACGUUUAUCGUGGUUUCAUGCCCUACAAUUUCGGAAAGUUGGCGCAGGCCAAGAAGGGACCGUUGAUAACAAUCAACUACAAACGUGUAAUUGAAACAUGGUUUGAUGAUACACAUAAAGAAUAUUUCUAUACACGUGAACCGCUAGCACGUUACCUCGAUAUGGGCGAUAUAAGCGAACAGCUGGCGCUGAAAAAACGUCUUAAUUGUAAAUCGUUCCAGUGGUUCAUGGACAAUGUUGCCUACGAUGUGUACGAUAAAUUCCCCGCAUUGCCAGCCAAUUUACACUGGGGUGAGUUACGCUCGGUAGCUACAGAUGGUUGUCUCGAUUCGAUGGGUCAUCAACCACCUGCCAUAAUGGGACUGUCGCACUGUCAUGGUGGUGGUAAUAAUCAACUGUUACGUUUAAAUGCUGCCGGUCAGCUAGGUGUGGGCGAACGAUGUGUGGAAGCCGAUCGGCAAGGCAUUAAAUUGGCGGUAUGCCGUUUGGGUACAGUUGAUGGCCCUUGGAAUUAUGAUGAAAAUACAAAACACUUGUUGCAUCGUACACAUAAAAAGUGUAUGGCGGUACAUCCGACAUCGCAGCAACUGAUCUUGGCGCAUUGUGAUAUAAACGAUGGUUAUCAGCAGUGGUGGUUCAAAGCAAUCAAACCCCGAUGGUAAACAAUCGAUAGCAAUUUUAGCAUGGGUUUCAUUGGCAUCGAGCGAUUUGAGGGAAAAGUAAUUGUUGAAUUUGUGGAAAUUUUAAAUGAUUUUAGUGAGCGAUGAGAAUAGUUGUCUAUUGUAAGCGCGAGAGAGAGAGAGAGAGUGAUUUUAUAAAGGUAUUUAAUACAUUAUACAUACCUAUACAUGCAUUGCUUGUGUAUAUUUAUGUAUGUGUGUAUGUACUAUACUCGAAUCUUUACAUGCUUUUGGACAUUUAUAAUAUACUAUUAUGAAUAAAGAUGCGAGUGGUUAAAUAAUGACAAGCAAUAAUUUAGCUAUAAAAUACAAAUCAAUCAUAUACAUAUGCCUGUGUGAAAGAAAGAUUUUACUGUAUCGAUGACCGUUCCAAGCGUAUUUGCGCUAAAUAGUUUUUUUUCGAUUAAGUUUUAAACACUAAAGAAAACAUAAAGCAAACUGUAGGUUUUUAAACAGCUAACUUUUUUGGCGUUAAUCAACUAUCCCUACAACGUUUUUGCAUUAUUUUCUUUUUACAAAUACAUAGAUAAUGAAAAAAAAUGCUUCAACAUUGCCAAUUACUCAUAGGAAAUUUUACGAAAUUUAACUUCAAAUUGUUAUAAUUUAUUACUAUGUAUUAAUUUAUGCAGACGCCAGUUUCUUUUACCAUCUACUAUUAUUAUUAAAAAUCUAAUUUAAGUGAAUCCUUGUAAUUGAAUAUGUGUCUUUGUACUGCUUGUAAAUAUACAUAUGUACGUACAUGUAUAAUUAAAUAUGAUAACGUUCAUGUAUCGAAUCAAA